AUGGCUGUUAUAAGCAAUGUGAGUGACGUCAUUUUUUUGGGAUUUUCCCAGAACCAGGAUGAGCAGAAAGUUAUUUCUGUGAUGUUUCUCCUCAUGUACACAGCCGUCGUGAUGGGCAAUGGCCUCAUCGUGGUGACCAUCGUGGCCAGCAGAGGGCUCACCUCCCCCAUGUAUUUCUUCCUCAGCUACUUGUCCUUUGUGGAGAUCUGCUACUGUUCUGUCACGGCCCCCAGGCUCAUCUUUGACUCUUUCACCGAAAGGAAAGUCAUUUCCCUCAAGGGUUGCAUCACACAGAUAUUUUUCCUCCAUUUCUUUGGUGGCACCGAGAUCUUUCUCCUGACAGUGAUGGCCUACGACCGCUACGUGGCCAUCUGCAAGCCCUUGCACUACGCCACCAUCAUGAACCAACGAGUGCGUGGCCUCCUGGUGGGGGUGGCAUGGGCUGGGGGUCUGCUGCAUUCCGUUGGGCAAACUGUCCUCAUUUUCCAGCUGCCCUUCUGUGGCCCUAACAUCAUUGACCACUACUUCUGUGACGUCCACCCGGUGCUGAAGCUGGCCUGUGCCAACACUUUCCUCAUUGGCCUGCUAAUCAUCGCCAAUGGCGGCUCCAUCUCGGUGAUCAGCUUCUCGGUGCUGCUUGCUUCCUACCUGGUCAUCCUGCGCUCCCUGAGGAGCCGCACCUCAGAGGGCCGGCGCAAGGCCCUCUCCACCUGUGCCUCCCACGUUGCCGUGGUGGGCCUGUUCUUCAUACCCUGCUCCUUUGUCUACAUGAGGCCCUGUGUCACCCUCCCUGCAGACAAGAUAGUCGCCGUAUUUUACACAAUGGUCACGCCACUCUUAAACCCUGUCAUUUACUCUUUCAGGAAUGCUGAAGUGAAAAAUGCCAUGAGGAGACUCGUGGGAAGGAGAGUGAUUUGGGAAGAGAAAUAG